GUCCUACAGAAGAAUGUCCUUUGACAAAGAGUAGAAGUUAUAAACAUAAGUUAAGUAUGUAUUGUGGGGAUGGUUUAAAAUUCAUUAUAAGUUGUUUUACUAUAUUGACCAUUUCCAUUACAACGACAUUAAUUCUGCAAAUACUUUAUGCUGAAGAAACUCCUCAGGAUAAAGCUGUUAUUCAUGGUGCUGUUGCAACUGAUUAUACAAACUGUUCCCAAAUUGGAACUAAAAUAUUACGAAAAGGUGGUAAUGCAAUGGAUGCAGCUGUAGCAGCAACUAUAUGUAUGACAAUUGUUGCUCCACAUAAGACUGGUCUUGGUGGGGGUGGCUAUGUUAUGAUAUACAAUCAUAAAGAGCAAACAAAACCAUUUAUUAUUGAUUUUGCCACUAAUACUAUUGAAGGUGCUUUUGAACAAAAUGGAAUACGUGUUCCAGCUGUUUUGAAAGGAUUAGAGUAUGCCCAUAGUUUAAAAGGUAAAUUACCAUGGAGUGAGAUUAUCAAACCUUCUAUAACUCUAGCUAAAGAGGGAUUUGUUGUAUCCAAGGAAUUAGCGAGUGAAAUAUCAAAACACAUUGGCUAUGAAACUUUGUUUGGACACCUUAGUGCUGGUGAUACACUAAAAUUACAAGAUCUUAGUAAUACAUUGAGUGCUGUAGCACGACAUAGUUCUAAAGUGUUAUACAAUGGAUCUUUCUCCCAAAAAUUGUUCCAUGAAAAAGAAGAUCUUUCUGAUUUGCUUCAACAAUUGGCAAAUUACAAACCUCUUUUAUACCCAGCAAGGAAAUCAAGUUUUCAUAAAUAUGCUGUAUAUUAUCCUCCACACAUGAUGUUGUUAGAAUCAAUGAUAACUUCAUUGGAAAAUCUAAAGAUAUUUGUGGAAAAUGCAUCUACAAUAGAAGCUCAAAUCCAGCUAGCUGAAGCAUUGAUACAUUCAGCUUCAAUUCCACUGCAACUAAGACAAAAUGCUGAAGAGGAAAAAUACACUGGAGUUAUGGCAAUGGACUGGGAAGAUAUUUACGUUUGUAUUAUAACUGGACUUAGUUCGCCAUUUGGUUUUGGAUACAUGUCUAAUGCUGGUUUCUUACUAGACAAGAGUGACACAAAUAAUAGUUUAUCUAUGCUUACUCCACUUAUUUUUCAUAACAACAAAUCAGUGUGUGGAUUAAGAGGAGUGUUUGGAACUGAUGAUCCAUUAAUCAUAGGACAAUUAAUAUACAGUAUUAUCGUACGCGAGUUAAAUGUUUCUGAAGCUAUAGAAUAUCCAAGGUAUUAUUUCUUAUCGGAUGGACUUGCUGUAGAAAGUGACCAGAAACAUACUGUGAAUACUCUACUACGAAAUCGAUUGAACUUAAUGGUACCAGCACUCCAUGUGGAUACAGAUUUAAUGUUGAAAAGUGUGAAUGCGAUCAUAAAGCGAAAAGAUUCAAUGUCCAGUCAUUCGGAUAGUAGGGGAGGUGGUCUUUCAUCAAGAUAUUAAAAAUGUAUAUUUUUUUAACAUUUUAUUUUAUAAAAACAUUUUAUUCUGAA